UUUUUUGAGUUUGAGUUUUCCAAGAUUUCUGUCAAACAAAUUUGGCAGAAAAUUUAUGUAAAAUAUUCUCAUACAAUAAAAUAUACAUAUUAUGACGAUAAUUUUAUGGCUAUACAUAAUAUAUAUGUGCCUUAUCACAGUAUUUUGUACAGAAUGUCCUCCACCACAUUCAAGAGUUUCAGGUGGAAACGGAGAAGUCAAAGAUUUUGGGGCACAAGCCUCGAAUAUUGCUAUCAAAGCAGCGCAGGAGGCAAAAGCAGCCCAAGAUGCACAACAACAAGCGGGUUUUCAAGCUGCCAAACAAGUUAAAGAGCAACUAGCAGACAAAGCCAUGGAGGCAGCCAAAGCAGCUGAAGCAGCUUUAGCAGGAAAAGAAGCAUUAGUAGAAGAGAUUCAAGUAGAAGUUAAAGAAGCUGAGAUGGUAGUUAACGAAGAAACUUCCAGUCUGCAACAACUUCAGCAAACUCUUCAGUCUGCCAAUAAAGCUGCUCAGCAGUCACAAGCUGAGCUAAAACUACUUCAAACCACUUUUCAGUUGGCUCAAGGUAACGCAGCAAACUCUCAACAAGUUUUUGAGGGUGUAAAUGCGCAGUUAAAUGAAAAAGAACAGUUACUGGAAGCGGCCAAAUCUAAAUUAGAUCAAUUAAAUAAACAGUCAGUGGUAGCUAAAGCUGAUUUGGCUAAAACUAAAGAAGCUGCAAAGAAGGCGGAUACGGCUGCAGCAGAAGCCAAGCAAAAUGCUUCUAGAAAUAAGAGAAAGAUAAAAAGAAACAAUAAGAAGAAAUAAGUUACUUUAAAUAUACAGAAAGUACUAAAAUUGGUUUACUUUUUUUAUUAUAUGUAGUUUUAAAGAUAAUUAUACGUCUUAUAAAUUAAAAA